CCCCUAGGCGGGCAGAGCGCCACAACCAUGGUGAGCGAGUCCCCAGGGCCGGGCGCCACGGUUCUCUGGCGGCGAAGCGACGAGGCUCUGAGCGUGAACGUGGGCGGCGUGCGGCGGCGGCUGAGCGCGCGCGCCCUGGCUAAGCUUCCCGGGCACGCGGCUGGGCCGCCUGCACGGCCGCUUCACUGGCAGGAGCAGGCGCGGCGUCUGUGCGACGACUACGACGCGGCCGCCCGGGAGUUCUACUUCGACCGGCACCCGGGCUUCUUCCUGGGGCUGCUGCACUUCUACCGCACCGGCCACCUGCACGUGCUCGACGAGCUGUGCGUCUUCGCCUUCGGCCAGGAGGCCGAGUACUGGGGCCUGGGCGAGAGCGCCCUGGCCACGUGCUGCCGCGCGCGCUACCAGGAGCGGCGCGUGGCGCGGCCGCGCGCCUGGGACGAGGACAGCGACGCGCCGAGCAGCGUGGACCCGAACCCGGGCGAGAUCUCCGACGUGCAGCGCGAGCUGGCGCGCUAUGGCGCGGCGCGCUGCGGCCGCCUGCGCCGCCGUCUCUGGCUCACCAUGGAGAAUCCCGGCUACUCGCUGCCCAGCAAGCUCUUCAGCUGCGUCUCCAUCGGCGUGGUGCUCGCCUCCAUCGCCGCCAUGUGCAUCCACAGCCUGCCCGAGUACCAGGCCCGCGAGGCGGCGGCAGCCGUGGCUGCGGUGGCCGCGGGCCGCAGCGCGGAAGACGUGCGGGACGACCCGGUGCUGAGGCGCCUGGAGUACUUCUGCAUCGCCUGGUUCAGCUUCGAGGUGUCCUCGCGCCUCCUGCUGGCGCCCAGCCCGCGUAACUUCUUCUGCCACCCGCUCAACCUCAUCGACAUCGUGUCCGUGCUGCCUUUCUAUCUCACGCUGAUGGCUGGUGCGGCGCUCGGCGACCAGGGAGGUGCGGGCGGCGAGGAUCUCGGCGACCUGGGCAAGGUGGUGCAGGUGUUCCGCCUCAUGCGCAUCUUCCGCGUGCUCAAGUUGGCGCGCCACUCCACCGGGCUGCGCUCACUGGGCGCCACGCUCAAGCACAGCUACCGUGAGGUGGGCAUCUUACUGCUGUACCUGGCCGUGGGUGUGUCAGUGUUCUCCGGUGUGGCCUACACAGCUGAGAAGGAGGAGGACGUGGGCUUUGACACCAUCCCAGCCUGCUGGUGGUGGGGCACAGUGAGCAUGACCACCGUGGGCUAUGGGGAUGUGGUGCCAGUGACGGUGGCCGGCAAGCUGGCAGCCUCGGGCUGCAUCCUAGGGGGCAUCCUGGUGGUAGCGCUCCCCAUCACCAUCAUCUUCAAUAAGUUCUCUCACUUCUACCGGCGCCAGAAGGCUCUGGAAGCCGCAGUGCGCAACAGUGGCCACCAGGAGUUUGAAGACUUGCUGAGCAGUGUUGAUGGGGUGUCGGAGGGGUCUCUGGAGACAUCCCGAGAGACCUCCCAGGAGGGAAGGUCUGCAGACCUGGGGACUCAGGCCCCCAGUGAGCCUCCAAACUCUAAGAUUUAUUAAAACCAGGGCUCCAUGUUUCCCUUCCCACACCCUACACUCAGCUACAACAGAGCAGAGACCCGUCCCCUGCUGAAGUUCUUCGUGGUGGCCUGACCGCUCAGGGUCACUCCUUGGCCUGAGAAUCGACACCCAGAAGCUGAGUCCCUUCCUCCAAAGGCUCAGGGAAGGACAGUGUUUCCCUAGAUUAUGUGAGCUUGAAGAGCGACCCAGAGACCUUUAUAAACAAACCUCCAAGCCAUCUGGGAAGCAGCAUGAGCCAGAGAGAGAGAGUCGAAAGGAUGCUAACAAUUCCUUGCCACCUGCUCUUAGCUAGAUCACAUAUGGCCCUAUGUUGGAGGAUGAGAAUUAACCCCAUUUCACAGAUGAGGAAACUAAGGCUCAGAGAGGUGCAAUGACUUGCUCAAAUGGCAUGCAACUAGAAGUGGUUGGGUCAAGUUUGGAAUCCAUGCUUGUUGGUCUGCCAAUAGUGUUUCUUCCACUCUGUCUUCCCUCACGAAGCUUGUGUAGGUUUUUAGUAAGUUUAUGGGCCCCUAGGGUUGAUCUACUUAGGUUUCUCUGUCAGAGCUAGGGAAAGGAUGAGACGGGAUUCAGAUGUAGGAGCCCUGGACCUCACUCGUGGUUCUUUUCCAGGAGCUUCCAAAAGGACUCAGCUCCCUAAGAUGAGGCCUGGGAGGAAGAGGGAGCUGCCUCCUUAGAUGAUGUGCAAGAUUUGCAAAGCAAUACCUGUAGCUUCCUCCCCGGGCUGGCUUGAGAUACAGAAAAGGGGCCCUGGCCUGCGGCCUGAAGUCUAGAUCUAGUCCUACUGGAACCUGAUUUGUGAAGUAGGCAAGUCCCUGCCCCAUCUCCAGGUUUCAGCCCACCUGUGAAAUGGUCACAGUCUGAGCCUAGAGGGAGAUGAAAGUGGAACAGGGAGGUACUGAUUUCCAGCCAGCCUGGCUCAGAAAUGUUGGUGGCCAGGAGCUGCCAUGAAUGGACAACUGCUCCCCCACAUUGGAUCCCCCCAGUCUGACCACAGCACUUCCUGUCUGCCUACCCUGCAGACCUCCAGCCAUAUCUUGAGUUACCAGCCAGGCCAGUGCUUGAGGCUCCUGCCCUUUUGGCCAGCUCCAGCCCCUCAUUCUUGCUGGGGGCAUAUCUGUAUACUCACCUACUGCAUCCUCUCUACUUGCUAAAGAAGUUGGGAGGCAAGGGUCCCCUAGCCCUUUCCCACACUGUUGCUAGAACAUCCAUCACUGUACUGUCAUUGUCUGGCUGUGGCUCUGUCUGUCCCACCACACUGAGCUUCAAGAUGGGGGACACUGUUGGUGCACAGUAGGUAUUUAGUAAAUGCUGAAUGGAUCAACCAAUUUGUACAGCUACUGUGUGCCAAGCACUGGGGAGGAAGAGGAAAGAAAGAGCCCGAGGGAGACCUUGCCCUCUAGAGGGUGUACAAGCCUGUCAAGGAGGUCCUUUCAGUUCUGUCCCCUCUCCCUCCUUGCUUUUUUGAGGCUUUUACAAUGAUUUCCUUGUAGAUGCUUCACUCGCUCAUUCAACAAAUAUCCACUGGAAAGGUCGUAAGUUGGGGCUUCACAUGUGGCCUGCAGACAGGUUUCAUUUAGCUGAACAAUAUUUUUAGUGUAUUUUAAAAAUGUGAAUGCCCUUGGGUGAGGCAUGCUCUCUCUGGUUCCCCAUCGCACCCCCCGACCCCACACACAGGCGCUCCUGUGUUAGCCCCACCACUUAGAUUUACUUUACCCACAUGGGCUGUGAUUUAUUGAUGUCUUACCAGAUUCAACAGAUAGAAUGCCAAGCAAAAUAUAUAUCCCUGUGUCUUGAAGCUUACAGACUAGUGGGGAGACAGAUUUUAAUCCAAUAAUCACAUGAAUAAAUAAUAAUAAGCUCUACUAAAUACAAGAACUAUAAGGGUAUAUAAUAUAGCAGGGACCAUUGACCGAGAAGGUCAGAGAAGACUUUCGUGAGCAAGUGGACAGUUUAACAUAUGGAUCAAUAGAAAUUAC